UGCGCUUUGUCUCCAGCCUUGGGGCUGGCGGAGUAUUGCCGGAGUAUGAGUGGUACUGUGAGCGUCGGGCGCACCCAGCAGGUGCCGGCACUCGGGCUGAGCCUUCACUGGUCGCGCCCCGCCGCACGGAAAUCGAGACACCGGCAGAAGCCCAGCUCCAGCCACCCCUGGGUGUGGCGAGUCGAGACCCGGGUCUCCGGCCCGAGAAGCCGCGGAGCCACGUGCAACACGCGCGUUCUCUCCGCUCGGGCGGGGACCGGACGCAUCCGGGGCUGCGGGGAGGAGCUGGGCGCCGCCCCCGGCGGCAGUGCCAGCCGCGUGGGAGGGCACGGACCCGCGAAGGGGCAGACGACUGAGGCGGUCAGGCAGGGAAAGUGGGACGGAGCGAUCGGCCGACGCUGGCUGGCUAAGGGGGGGAUUGGCAGAACUAAGGGGACAGGUGGGAGCCGUCAGACAGCCUGAGCGAGGGAGACCAGAAUGCAAAGGGAGAGGGAGCGUUAAGUAGGCAGAGAGAGACACCAGUCGCGUGCUCUCGCCCUCCAGACGCCCUCCUCCGACCGAGGGACGCGGCCAGGGGCACACAGUGCGAGGAGAUUUGUGGCACGGAAGGCCGGAAGAGGGGCAGAGGGACCCUGCGUUGCUGGUGGGACGGAGGAACGCGGAGGGACAGACAAACCAACACAGACUGGCAGCCUGCGAGAGGGGCUGCUCAGAGCAGAGCGCAGGAAAGCGAAAAUCCCGCGCUGAGCCGCCAGACUCACCGACAGACCGUCAGACUGACAGACGCGCAGACCCACUGAAAAGCAGACAGGAGGCGGGGGCGCGUCUCCUCCACGCGGCCAGCGGGACCGAGAAGGCGCCCUCCGAGCACAGUGUCGGGAGCAGCACCCGCAGCCGGGCAGAGGGGACGCGAGCCGGAACUCACACUGCCGCAGCAGCCGCGUUGCCACAGCUGUGCGGGGAGCCCAGCCUACACUGCAGAGAGCUCCUUACUACCAGUUAAAUAAAUCGACCAAAGCCCCCCAAAACAAAACCAAACAAAAAAUACCCAAAACAACAACAAAGCCAAGCCAAACCAAACCAAUCAAGCCAAAUCAAUAAUUGAGAAACAAUAAUUAAUAAAAGUAAAAACUAAAUCAAACCAAUCAAGGCAGCAAGACGCAGGGGGGAUAUCCACUGUUCGACCAAGGUUGACGAUGAUGUGUCACACUGUGUAAGGGAAUCGUAUGGAGAUGGGCAUUCCGAACUGUUAAUGGGGACAUGGGACUCCAGUUGUCUCUAAUCACUUGUGUGGAUUUUCCUGGUGUAGAACGACAGAAGCCGGUAGUAAGUCGCCAAGAGCUACAGCAGGAAUUCUGCGCAAAAGGGCAUAAAACCUUGUUGUUUUAAUUUGUACCUGAGAGAAUGUCUGAGCAAGGAAACCUGAAUCCAACGAUAGUGGAGGAAGGGGGAACUGAGCAGGAGACGGCCAUUCCAGAGAACGGCAUUGUGAAAUCUGAAAGUCUGGAUGAAGAGGAGAAGCUGGAACUGCAGAGGCGGCUGGAGGCUCAGAAUCAAGAGAGAAGAAAAUCCAAGUCAGGAGCAGGAAAAGGUAAACUGACUCGCAGCCUUGCUGUCUGUGAGGAAUCGUCAGCCAGGCCAGGAGGUGAAAGUCUUCAGGAUCAGACUCUCUGAAAACUGCAAAUGGAAAGGAAUUCAAAAGAAUUUAGAUUAAAAAUUAAAUAAAAACUAAGCACAGUAGUGCUGAAUUUACUCAAAGGCUCUCUCUUGAUAAGGCUGAACCAAAUAUAGUCCUAAGAAUCCUGUCUCCUUUCUUAUUGGAGAUGUCUUACCUCUCAGCUCCCCCAAAUGCACUUGCCUAUAAGAAACACAGCUGUUGGCUUGUAGGAAACUUAAGAUACAGUGAAUAAGGUGCAUUGAACUUUGUAAAAAUACUUUGAUGGCCUUUGGUGGAGAUUUCUCAAUACUGAAUAAAUUGUCCAGAAAUAAAUCUGAGCUGAUGGUGACUUAAAGUUAAUAUUAUAAACAUAUCACUGCUUAUAUUUACCCAUAUUUUUGUUCCUUACAGCAAGAUUAUUAAGCUCUAAACAUUCCACCAAAACUCUUCCGUGACAAAAUGGAUAAUUUCAUAUGAUAUUUAUUUUUAUUUGCCUUUCAGGCAUGACAUUAGCUUUUAUAAAAAUAAUCUUGCUGCCGAAAUUUCACUUAUUUCAUCAGAGGAUGAGAACAGUCAAGACAAAAGUAAAAUGAUUUAUCUGAGCCCAGGGGAGGAAAACCUGAUGAAAAUAUCGUUAUUUUUUGUUUGGUUUUCUUUUUCUUUGUCUCUUGACUUUAGUUGAAAUCCUCAGAAUUCCCCUCCUGGAUACAGAGAGCAUUGAGAGCACUUUCUUUAAAAGGACCAAAAAUAAAUUCCUUAUAGAUUUUGUCCUAAGAGUAUUUUUUUUCUAGCCUCAUUUCCUUAACAUGCCACUAAUGUGAUAAGGCAUGGACAGGCUAUCUUCCAAUAGCCAUUCCUAUGUUUCAUACACAUGCUUUAUUUUACUUGGGCUCUGAGAAAUGUGUGGCUUUUCUUCAGCAUUUCAUUUGUGCUUCUAUUUUUGAAGAGCUUGAAAAGGGGGAAUCAUGUGAAUAUCAUGGUUUGUAUUAUUGAAUGUUGAUUGACAGCUUGUAACGUACCGCACCUGAUAAUACGUUAACUCUGCAGAACGACAGACCUGGGAGAAUAAUUCCCACAUGUCCUCCACUCCUAGUGCCAUGCAGAGAGGGACACCCUUUGUAGACUUAAUCUGCUUUUGGUCCCAUGGGGCAAGGUACCCGGAGGAAAUUUUUAAAGGGAUCAUCUGUAUCAUAGUGCCCAUCCUGGACCUAAGCCACUUUUCCCCAUAUAAUUGGUGCAGAGAAGUAAGGUGUUACGGUGCUUUGUUCCUGCUGGUCCCAAGCUCAGACAUCAGACUAGCUUUGUAGGAGAGAAUUAGAGGCUGCAAACUUCUCUUUAGUCUAAACUAGCUGAGAAGUCGUGGGAUCAGGGGGCUGAUAGAAAAUACCCAGACAGGCACAUACGCAAGUGGCCAUGUUGCCUUCUUAAAGAAUAAAGAAGCAGACCUUUGAGUUUAUAUGCAAUGCCUUCAUUAGGUACCACCGGCACUUACAAAAUGUGUGGACCGAAUCCCAGAGAACACUGGCACGAGUAUAAAGUAUAUGGAUUGUGUUGCUCCCCCGAUGUUUGUACAUUCACGGUAUUUGGAAAGCUGCCUUCAUUUUCCAGUGUGGGAAAAACUCUUGCUACCUGUAUUACUUGAUCUCAGACCCAUACAUGAUGGUUCAGUCUGUCCUUCAGUUAAAAGAGUUUUGCUUUUCUAAUGUUAUUCUAUUUACCUAUCAGUGUAUUACUGCAACUUGAAUCACUCUUUUACUGUUGUUGGAUAUAAACUUAUCCUGUACCAAUGUAUUUAUUAACACUUGUAUUUUAUUAUUGAGCAUAUCAAUAAAAAUAUUAAAAAAUAACAGAUUGUUUUUUACCAA